AGCGUCAUCACCACCAUCCCCAGAAGUUACCCAGUGAGUGUGUGUGUGUGUGUGUGUGUGUGUGUGUGUGUGUGUGUGUGUGGUACCGUCACACACACACUCUCCCUCUCUCCGUAAAGGGACCGAACCGAGCCUCCACCGGACACCGGACACGGGACACGGGACACGGGUUUUAAAUCCUGGUCCAGGCUUUUCAUCUCCUCCGAACCCAGCUUGUCCUCCAGACAUCGCCUCCUUUCUCGAUCUUCUCGUUGUUCUUCCUCUUCCUUCGUGAGCAGACAUGCCUCCAGCGUUGGGUGGGCCCGUGGGGUACACCCCCCCUGAAGGUGGCUGGGGCUGGGCGGUGGUUGUGGGGGCCUUCAUCUCCAUUGGCUUCUCCUACGCUUUCCCCAAAUCCAUCACAGUGUUCUUCAAAGAGAUAGAGAUCAUCUUCAGCGCCACACCCAGUCAGGUGUCGUGGAUCUCCUCCAUCAUGCUGGCUGUGAUGUACGCGGGAGGUCCUCUCAGCAGUAUCCUGGUGAACAAAUUUGGCAGCCGACCAAUCAUGAUGCUCGGUGGCUGUCUGGCAGGGUCGGGACUGGUCUCAGCCUCCUUCUGCAACACUGUGGAGCAGCUCUACUUCUUCAUAGGAGUAGUGGGGGGUUUGGGACUGGCUUUCAACUUGAAUCCCGCCCUCACUAUGAUCGGUAAAUACUUCUACAAGCGUCGGCCCAUCGCCAACGGCAUCGCCAUGGCGGGCAGCCCCGUGUUUCUGUCCACCCUGGCUCCUCUGAACUCCUGGCUGUACGACACGUUCGGGUGGAGAGGCAGCUUCCUCAUCCUGGGAGGACUUCUGCUCAACUGCUGCGUGGCCGGCUCGCUCAUGCGCCCCAUCGGACCCAAACCUCAGCCGGCCAAGCCCGACUCGGAGGUCGGCGAGGCCAAGGCGGAGGACUCGGUGCAGCCGCAGCCGAAGAAGACGGUCCUGCAGACCAUCAACUCCUUCAUCGACCUGACGCUGUUCAAACACCGCGGCUUCCUGCUCUACCUGGGUGGCAACGUCAUCAUGUUCUUCGGCCUCUUCGCUCCGCUCGUCUUCCUCUCCAAUUACGCCAAGAGUAAAGACAUCAGCAAAGAGAAAGCUGCUUUCUUGCUCUCCGUUCUGGCGUUCGUGGAUAUGUUCGCCCGGCCCUCCAUGGGCAUGCUGGCCAACACCAGGUGGGUCCGGCCCAGGGUGCAGUACUUCUUCGCCGCCGCCGUCCUCUACAACGGAGUGUGUCACGUGCUGGCGCCGCUGUCCGUCGACUACACCGGAUUUGUGGUGUACGCCAUCUUCUUUGGUUUUGCUUUCGGCUGGCUGAGCGCGGUGCUGUUCGAGACUCUGAUGGACCUGGUGGGAGCUCAGAGGUUCUCCUCCGCCGUGGGGUUGGUCACUAUAGUGGAGUGCGGCCCGGUGCUGCUGGGCCCGCCGCUAACAGGUAGUUUCUAUAACUACUACAACCACUACGACUACACCUACAUCUCCUCCGGCAUCAUCCUCAUCGUCGCGAGUGUGGUCCUCUUCCUGGGAAUGGGCCUCAACUACCGCCUGCUGGAGCGGGAGAGGAAAGAGGAGGAGAGAAGAGAGAGGGAGGAGCCCAAGGAGGAGCGCACCGCCAUGUUAGCGCCUCCCUCGCCGUCAAAAUCGGACGAGGAGGCGGAGGAGAACAACGUGCCGGCCGCUGUCACACUGGAUGAAGUCGCCAAGAUGGACGAGGACACGGUGUAGAGGACUUUUUUUUAAAAAGGGACUUUUUUUAAGGACGCACACACUGCAUCACACACUUAUAGGAACACACAGGAAAGCUGCAGUUACACACUUCAUAAAGAGAUAACACCCUUUCACACAACCCUGAAGCCAUAGAAACAAAUACCUUAUCAAUAAAAACUUGAGACCUGCUGCUGUGAUGUUACCCGACUGUAACGUUCGUCACGCAGCCUCGUCGAGACCUCUGGGUUUGGGUAUCUGACGUGCCUUCGGUAAGUCCCCCGCGAACGCCGCUCAUAUAAAACACCAGACACACGGAGGACUUUACUCUCAGGGUCUUGAGCUGCCGUUAAGGUUUUAGAAACCUCACGCACAGAAACACUCAAACAGGACGUUUUAUUGUUACAGUACGUAGAGACCUUCCCUCACAUACGACGACAAACACUCGGCGUAGCAGUAAAACUCUGCGUUCACACGUUAGUUCAGACUCAGAGAGAUUUCCAGGUUUUUAUGCAGUCGAGAAGAUAUGAAGUAAAAUGACUUUUUUUUUAUGUCUGCGGUGAUUAAAUGUUUAACCCGAGGACAGCGGCGUCGUUAGGAACAAAUGUUUGAUGAAUGGCUGAAAGGUGCAGGUGAGAGGAGGAGAUAUCAUAUAAUAAUAUAUGUAUAAUACAAUAAUAGCAAUAGAAUACUGAUCGAUAAUAAGGAGUCAGGGAACAACUUGUUUCUCAUUUCAAAACGAAAAUCAGUUGCUCGCAAAGUACGCUGACGCAGCCGGGAUGCUACCAGUGCUGUUUACGACUCUCAGACUGGACGCUGACUCCCACCAGCUGUUAAUAACUCGCCCUCUCUGCACUUUGUUAGUGUUUCGCUGCUGCUGAAGAUAAAAUACUAACAGUUGAAUUAGAUUGAACUCUUUUUACUUUAUUUUUAUUUCAGCUCGUGAGAGAGAGAGGCAGCCCGAGCAGAACCGCAAAUAACCUGAAAACUAUUAUCAGGUGAAACUCUAAAAGAUGUCUGGGACGUUUGAGGAUCCUAACAACGCCUCUGGUCAAACACACGAGGCACAAAAAUUUAGAAAUACUUUAAAAAAAAUACGAGAACAAAGGACGGUGAAGGAGUUAAAAAAACGAAUGUAGGAAUCUUUAGAGGACGGACAGGAGUCAGAGAACCAGGAGGUCACGAUGCUCGCCGUGUAGGAGGCGCCGUUAACGACUCCGUGUGCACUUUGUGUGUGUAAUGUUGUAUCAUACACCCUCCGACCAGAGCGGCUCACACAGAUCCUUUCUGCUGCGCGACCAACAGGACGAGGCCGCUCGCAGUAUUAAAUGACGCCACACGCUGAGUUUAUUGGGGGGGGUGGGGGGGGCUGUGAUUGUACCAGAUUGAUGGGUUUUUAUUUUACUGACUGUGAGAGAGAAAAGGAACAAAUCUCACUCUGAAUCGCACACAAUCCUAAAUUCUCAUCGUUCUGGAUUAAAGGAAACGUUGUGUUGUUGUUUUUAUUUGUGAAUUAACAUUUUAGUUUACAGUUCUAUCAGAUAAAAAAAAAACCUUUGUAAUUUAAAACUAAAUCUGUUUUAGCUCAGUGUUUAACGACAAUCUGACAGGAAGUAAUCUUUGUAAUGGAGUCUGAGAGUGUGUGUGUGUGUGUGUGUGUGUGUGUGUGUGUGUGUGUGUGUGUGUGCAGAUUCAGUAUCAACUCGUGUCGCAGUUCGUCUCUAAAGCUGUGCAGAAUGUGUCAUAUCAGAUCCACAACGAACCGAUCACUCAGUGGUUAUUGAUGUAUUGAUCAGCGAUCAGUUUGCUGCUGAAGGUUUUUGGUUGUAUUGAUCCGACCGGAGGAAAACGGGAAGAAUCAGCUUUUCCUUACUUUCUCCCGAUGAGGGGAAAUAAAUGGAGGUUUAAAACAAUUCAUUUGGUUUUUAUAACGUUUGAACUUUUAAAUGUUUCAGAAAGUUUUGUGACGAAAAGAAAUAAUUCUGAACUUUUUAAAGACUGUGAUAAUUUCCUGAAGUGGUGUCAAUAUCUAACCCUGAGCUUUAUACGAAUACUAUAAAGGGAUUUUAUAUAUUUAUAUUUUACUCAACAAAUCCCUUGAAAAGACCGACAACGAAUUAAACUGAAACAUUCAUUCACUACUUCCAGAGUAACAGACUCUGACUCGUCUCUCUACAUUAAACUGACAUUUCACACAUUUUAGUGUCGUCAAUAACGGGUUCACUGUGGCACAGCCUCACCUGUAUAAACUCACCUGUUGCAUUGUGGGAAUGUUAAGCUAACACGUUGCUGUUGUUGUUGUUGUUGUUGUUGUUUAGGGGAGCGUACCUGGACUCACCAGUAGUUGGCGGUACGCAGUGAGAAGUAGGGGUACUCAGAAGAUGUGAGUAGUGGUCCGUUUGUGGCAGCACUCUUAAUUCACUCCUUCAUAAAGAUACUAUUUUAACAUUAAAUAGUAAACAAGGGUAAACAAAAAUAAAGUGUUAUUAUUGAUACUAAUUCAUCAGGAAGUUGCGAUCGCAACGGUUUUCGUCGGUUUUGUCCAAUCGACGCAACUUUUGCUCAAAUUUGACCGAUUUAUUGAUGUUUCCAGUGACUGUUAUCAAUAAUAAACAGUCCUAUUGAUUUUAUUCUCACUGGAACAAUUUGCCUUCGACUUAUUUUAUUUUGUAGGAAUUAUUUUAUUUUGAAAAUUUGCUGUGAAAUCAGUCAUUUUGGGGUUUUAUGAGUUUCCCUAAAAACGUGAACGUUGGCUCACAUUAGUUUAUUGAUCUUUUCAGGGGAUUUUAUUGACACAAACAGUGUGAUCAGUUGUUACUGCUUUUUAACUCUGAUGGGCUCGUUAAAGAUUUCUCUCUUCUUCCUCCUCACCAGAUGUAUUGAACCAGUUCUUUACUAUCACAGUGUAAAAGCUGUAAAGGUUGUUGGAUCUUGAACCCUUCGUUUUAAGGUGUUGUUGGUAUCAAUGGGAGAAUAUUUCUACCUGAAAUAUCCUAUGAAAUAUAAAUAUUCAGAAUUUGAGGUGAACUGAAACACUGAAUGUCGCAGGGUUUUUAAUAACGGUACUGUACAAUAGAUACAAAACAAAUAAAUCAUUGUAUUAAUUUCCUGGAAAAUAACAUUUCUUUUUUUUUUUUUUUAUGUAUUUUAGUGGCUUUAGUUGAGUUUUUAUGUUUUGUAUGUUCGCAGUGUUUCUAUGACUGCUGAGAGAAUGAUUAAACGGUUUUUAAAACAAA